GAAUGCAUUACUGGCCACGAUCAAGCUCAAGCCAGAGGGCAUCCCGCGACACCUGGGGCAACAACAGCAUACUUUCCACAUGGAGAGACAGCUGCGACGAGAAUCCUGGAAGGCGAAUUGGCGUUUUUGUCGCACGUCAAGGCCUAUGAGGACAGCCAUCCUGGGACUCGUAUUCUACAGCCGAGAUUGGUCUGGAAGUAUGAGUUCCUUUGCUGCUGUCUUGGUCGCCUCAGCAGAGCCGAGCUGGAGGAAUUGGCCAGGGGCAUUGAUGAGAUCUCCAAUAUGAGGGGUCGCCAGAACAGCUGGGCGGUCAGGUCGUCCAAGGACUUUUCUGGUCUCUUGCGACACAACCAACGCUACAAGCUUGGAUCAUAUAUGGAGCUCACUUUGGAACAGAUCCACGACUCCAAGGUUCGACCAUCCGAAUGGCAACCGAGGAAGUUCUUCUCGUUCCUCGCUUCGACAGUCUCAUUUGCUAAUAUUUCCAUAUUGGAAUCAGUGCAAUUCAGGGGCACUUUCGACUUCCCGAACAAGUCUCCGAAGCAGCUCUUGGAGAGCCAGCCACCAGCUCGGGUGUAUCUACCAUGCCACGGAGAAGCGAAUUACGAGUCUAUUCGCAACUCAGGGCUUUCUUUGCAAGCUACUCGACAGAGCUGGCAACGGCGCCUCCUGGCAGGGAGAGGUACCUGUGACGAGGAAGCUCUUCGACAGCUUAUUAGUGACACUGAGCUGAAGGAGGCAGCCAAGCAGGGCACUCAGACCGAGGGCACCACCAGGUCUGCCUACGAGGCGGGCAACAAGAUGCAGACCCCUUAUGGUGAUGCUCUUGUCAAAACCACUCCGUUGAGCAGCCUGCCGAAAGAGACACGGAAGCUGCUUGCUUGGAGGCAGCUACGACUGGUCGACGUGGCUGCAGCAUCCUGUCUCAGGAUACGCAGUUCACUUCUUCCUGAAAGCGUUCGAGUUGGGGAAACUGAAACUGCCUUGUGGUGGAGAUGCAUAAGAAGCCAUACGUCUACAGUCUACACCAACGGCUACAAGUCACCUUUCGACAAGUCGCCUGAUGACAGUUUCGGUCAUCUUCUUGAUGCUCUCAACUACGCUCAACACAAGGAGUUCGCUCUUUGA